CUCUUUGGCAUACAAAUGCUGCAGUAGAAGACGGCUUGCUUUCCCGCGGAGAGGCGGCCUGACUUUCUGAACAUUUCGUUCUUCUUGCGAUAGUUUACUGGCCUCGAACAAUACAACGCAGUUGGUACCGGUAGGAGUGAGCGGUGGUAUCAGCCCUUGUUGGGGCUUGGAGCACCUCAAUACUCAGUAGUAGAAGCGAAAGACUUGUCUUUAUCUUGAUUGGUCCAUCCGAAGGAGUUGCUGAACUGAAAUCCAUCGUUGGCUCUGUAUUAAAAGCUCUAGAAAGAGGAAAGGCAGUGUCGAUUCAUAGCCAUUUGAAAUUCGAGAUUCUUUAGUAGAGAACCCGCCAAUUUAUCGACACGACCCACAUACGACAAUCACCAUGUCUUUGAGUAGUAGCAGCAAGGGUGCGGGGCGUCUUUUGAGUGAUUCCUCCUCUCCGAAUGUGGGUUAUCCAGAAGCCUUUUAUGCUCACACGCACAAGACACCUGAGCGCAGCAAUCGACAACGGAAGCUACCCACCCCGCCCACGGAUCCCAUCACACCCGACUCCAAUAAUGGCAACAGCAACCGAAGAAGUAGCGGUCCUCCUGGGAACCGGGUAGUUGGACGCUUAAGGCCAAACCAACUGAACCUAUUUGCCGGAAGCAGCGGUAGCAGCAAUCCGAGUGUCAGUGGAGGGAGCGUUAGCGGUAGCACUGGUAGCAGUGGAGGCAAUGGAAACGUGGGGAAUGGCUACAGUCACAUUCAACAGCAAAUCCAACGACAAUACCAGCCACAGCAACCGCCAGCUGCUCGUAGUAGUAUCCAGGAAAGCACCGGCAGCAGUAGCAAUCGAAGUGUGGCAUCUGUGGGUUCCACUGCUACCUUGGCGGCUACCAUUCCCUCCUCUCAUGUCAACAUUAUCACUCAAGCUUACGGCAACAACGCAGAUAUCUACGAGGAUAUACUCAAAAUACCAAGACAAAUGACCUCGGAGCGUGAGAUUCGAAUUGCCUACUUUAGAAGAGGGAGACAAGUCCUGGCAGAACGACCCAAUGCGCUACUGGGAAGUAGCAGCGUGAGCAGCGCUAGUAGCAAAGUCAGCACCAAUGUGUCACACCUGGCCAAGAUGAGGUUUCAAGCAGUCAGUAUGGCCUACGAAAUCUUGUCCAAUCCAGCUUGGAAGGAAUCCUAUGAUCUAUACGGUCUUUAUGGACCAGAUGCCUUUCAAGAACCAACCGGAAGUGCGUCCAUGUUGGCUGAAGAUGCUUCCUUGGCGGAUCCAACAGAUGUGGCUCAGAGAAGGAUACUAUCGGCAUCGAGUAGUAGCAGUGAUCAUUCAAUUCACAGGAGUGACAGCAGUGGCAGCAGCAAAAAGCCUGAUCCAGAAACUGCGCUUUCCAACGUCAGGACUACUCCUGACGAGGACAAUGUGUCCAAGGCAUUGUCACCCAAGAGUCCUCAUUCUGACACAUCUAUGCAACCUGUGCGACAAGAACGUCAAACGCAGCAACCCAAACGUAACAGUGCAAUACUACAGGCUUGGCAACAACGGCAGCAGAGAACCUUGUCGCCCUUGACUGUAUCCACUCUAAAGGCAUCGCAGCGCCAACAGCACGGCUCCUUGUCACCUACAAGUCCCACCCAAGAGUCUUCUUCACAGUCUGCAUUACAACAGCAGUCGUCCUCGUCGCCCACAACUCAUGGUAGUAUUUCUCCAUCGGCGCAACUAGCUGAGCAAAUGUCAUCGUCGAGCCUCGACACUGCCACUGCAAUACAGGCUUUGCAGCUGCAACUGCUGGCAUCCUUGUCAUCGACAAGCGCGGAUGCCCCCACUCCAAUGUCAACAAGAGAGCAACAGAGGGAUGUGUCUCCGGCAAAUGUCAAUUCCCCCAUUCUACAACCACAAGAACAGCCGCAAGACUCACAACCUAACCCAAGUCCUGUCGACACGGCAAUGCCUUUGCACGGACGACAUCAGCCACAGCCAGACUCUUCGCAGGGAUCCUCUCCGCCGCUUAGUAGCUCGGCGGUUGUUGCCAUUGGCACGGGUAACAGUCCAAUCCCCAAUUAUCCAUCCAUAUCUCCAUCAACGACUGCAGUCGAAAACAAUAUGAACGGUGACAACCUGUCUUGCGUUAGUCAAUCCACGACGGGGACAGCGUCUUCUGGUGGGGUUCUGAGAAAAACGGGAAGUUUCUUGGAGAAACUUAACAAGAAUAGAUCGAACGGGCGGAAGAAAAAUGGAUCGUCGGGGCAACAAGCUGUGCAGACAAAAGAUGUCACCAAUGGACCCGAGCUUCCGCCAGUUCCAUCAACUACAGUUCGAUGGAAUGAGGAAGUGGAAGAACUUAUCUUUAGGCAAGAUCCCGAUGAAAUCUCUUUCAAGGCUGGGAUGACGACGGUGCCUGCCGAAUCCACCAGCGAUCAAGAAGCCGACAAAAGCCAAGAGGUGCAACUACCACAACCUCCCCAAAGGCAACCGCAGCAGCAGCAGCAGCAGCACGAGUACAAGCAAAGCAUGUCUAAGCCGACAUCGACCCCUGCAUCAAAUCCAGCAGCCACACGUGCUUUAGACCUCAGGCAGCGACAACAAGGAUAUCCUCCCAAUAGCGCCGGCGACGGCGACGGCGCCCGACGUUCUGGUGCUCCACGACCUCGGAUUGAAGGUCGAGAUUCAGGUGGAAAACAAAGGGUUGUCUUGGAUACUGCAGAGCUUGGAUCUCAUUUGAAGAAACUGGACAAAGUAGCAGACAGCAUUGCAGGGAUCUUUGACGAGUUGGAAGCAAGCUUUGAUGACCUGCUGGGAGGGUUAAAAACGAGCCCGACUGCUGCUGGUGCCAACGAUGGUAGUCCCAACCCUGCGUUCCAGGCGCCUAUGGCCUCAUCCAAGCUAGAGCAACCCCAAUUGCGGGAUGGUGUGCAACAGCAACACCAGCUAGGAAGUCAGCCGCCCCUGCCGUCUAGAAGACGCAUCCAGGCACAGGAAGUUCCCCCGGGAAUCGUAUCCAGCAGAAUUAAUGCCCAGACGCAGGGGUUUGUUGACUCGACGCAGAAACCAGCAGGAAAGUCGGGACGACACUUUGAAGAAGCAUCGUAUCAUACUCCACCUACUCCAAUUGGCAGCAGCCAGUGGGUUGGUCAGCACCAGCAAGGUGACGUCGGGACAACCAAACUCUCUCGACAGGAAGAGUUGGAGGUGGAGGCACAGGCAAUGGCUCUUCUUCGAGAGAUUUCAACCAGCGAAUCGAUGCCUCCUUCGGAUGUUGUGGUCAAGACAAAGAAGAGCAAACAUCUAUCUCUCCAUCAUCAGUCGAAUGCGCAGUUUCAUACUGUACCCGAACACAGCCAUCAUGAACAUUUUGGUGCCGAUGAGACGGAAUCACCCCUGGCCUGCGAUAUGACUGCGGGUGGGGAGAAUACUACCGUUGCAACAUCAGUGGUGUCUUUGUUGGAUGCAGAGAAGCAUUCGAAUGCGCCACUGAAACCAGCUGCAACGACGGGUGUUCAGUCAAGUCGAAAGCGUCUAAAGCACUUGCAACGUCGCCGUCAACAACAGCAACGUGCCAAAGAGAAGCAGCCAGAUUUCCAGAAUGAUGACGAUGUCAUGAUCUCUGUAGGAAACAAAGUUAAACUGUGGAGUCAGAAUCAGCUUGCAAAUCCAGCAGCCGAAGAAUCGGAAAAGCACAAGAAGGACUCGAGAAAAAAGAAGACGGAAGACCAGUACUUCGAAUCUUUGUAUCAGAACUUCUUCUUGCUUCCAAAGGAGCGACUGCCCCAUGAAAUGACUGUCCGGAUGAAGCCCCACAAGUCUUCCUGUUCUGUCAGUACCUUGAGUCACAGCGAAUUCACCGAGCAACUCCCCACAGGCGACUUUGACUUGGAGGAUUUUGAUCCAUGGGGUGCUGCCGGUAAAGAUGUCAACGUGGAGAAGGAGCGUCGAGCAAAGCACCAUCGAGAAGUCUUGGCUCGUGUGGACAAAAUGCUGGAGGAUCGAAAUUCGGUUUCGGGUGUGGACACCACAUUUGAUUCGAGCUUUCCCGACGACGAUGGGGUCAAUACGUCUUUCGACUCCAAUACUGCCGUCGACACAAGCUUCGAGUCAUCCGCAGUCGACACUGCUUAUUCAUCAGCGCUAAGCCCCCGAAGACCCUCAGCGAUGAACGGAUGCGAAACCACCCCCGAACAAUUCUUGAACAGCGUCUUCAAUGUGCCCAUUGAAGCACCUCUAGAGUUCUGGUGUGGAGAGCUGAAGGAUUGCGCGUCGUCGACCAAACCUAGCAAGGAAAAGCGAUUGAUUAAACCUUCCAGACCGGAAAAACAACAGAAGCCCAGAAAGAGCGCAAGGAAAGUGAGGCCGCAGCAAGAUCCAGCCGGCAGCAAUUCCAGCAGAGACGACGAUGAUGAAUCGGUGGAUGAACCAAACAAUCCGAUUGACGAGACAAUCACUCUUCUUGACCCACCAACACAUGACAGCCGCAUCGACUUGUCGAGAGGCGACGACUCCACGUUGAACACUCUGAAUACGAACAACCUCGACGAAGUAGAAGAAGAGGAGCCGCGACGAACGGCGAUCGACCCUUCGACUUCUCCUGUUCCGACGGGCAUUACAGGCAUUGAUCCUUCUGUAUGUUCACCUAUGGGUAUCGACCCGUCCACUGCAACCUCCCCUGUGCCCAGCUUGGACGGAAGCUUCUUUGUUCGAAGUCCAGGGAUUAAAUCUCCGAAGGAAGCAGAAGAAGAAGACGCGACGGAUCCUUCGGAAGACGUCUACGCCGCCCACUUCGAAGUGAUUCAAGAAUCCGGUAGCGACGACACUUUAGACGAAUUGGCACAAUGCGGCUCAGAUUCGAAUCCAGAGAUGAUCAAAUCCGCUCAAGAGGAAGAAGAGCGGGAAGGAGCGUCUUCAGUGCCGACUCCGGAUAUUGAAUAUGACCAAAGCAUCGACUCUGGGAGCGUCGUUGAACUCGUCCCUUCUCCCUCGUCUCUUUCGGCUAGAGGAAUCGAGAUUGAUUCCGAGUUUCCAAACCAAGAUCAAUUGAUGGACGAUGGAAUGGAUUCCUCAACAGCUUCAGCAGCCGUUUCGGGCAAGAGAUCACCAUCAUCUUCUUCCAUGAUGGCGCACCUCUUGAAGUAUGUCGAGACGGCCGCCGAAGACAACCCUUCUCUGGCCUGCCUCAGGGCCAACUUGAGUUGUGGGUUCGAAGCAUGGCGGGCAUCAAAUGCUUGUCUGGAAGCCAUGGUGAUAUCCGACGAAGACAUGUCAGGGGUAUUGGAUAUAAUUGAGCAGGAGAUGAAGGCGAUGCCCUCGAAGACAUCAUCCGAAUAACCACGAUCACGCAGGGAUUGAUUCAUCAUUCAGUUUUGGCAAAGGCUCCAAUGUUCUCGCCUUUGUUAAGCAUUGGUUAGCUAGGCUCACACUACUAGAGGCUAACUUGUAGAAGGGAACGAUAUAGAAUGUUGAAAUUAGACUCACUUGC